UGGUGUUAAACCAUUGCCCAAACAGCGUUAAAGUUCAGUGUGCCAAGUUUUUUUUUCUCUCCUACGAUAUCUCAUACGUUCCACAGUAAACUGUUGCAUUCUCGAGCGACCUCAAUUUGGUGCUGACGAGGCAUCCAAACGAAUUGCAUUUACCUGCGACAGCACUCCCACUCUACAGGUGUGGAGAACAAGUGAUUUUACAAUCAAGUCGCCACCACGUGUUUGUGCUCUAGGACAUUAGCCGAAGCAAAAAGGCAGCUAAUUAGUUCACAUACGCUUUAGUCCAGCUGACCUUACCCCACAAUCGUCGGAGCGAUGGAAAACGGAACAUCCAAGCUGCAGGAUGGACUUUCUUGCGAGGAACUGUUCCAGAAGAGCGACGGACUGACGUACAAUGACUUUAUCAUCCUGCCCGGUUACAUCGACUUUACUGCCGACGAUGUGUGCCUCGCGUCUCCGCUGACGAAGAAAAUUAUGCUGAAGGCACCGCUCGUCUCGUCGCCCAUGGACACGGUUACCGAAGCCGACAUGGCUAUCUCGAUGGCUCUCUGUGGCGGCAUCGGAAUUAUUCACCACAACUGCACGCCCGAGUAUCAGGCGAACGAGGUGCACAAGGUGAAAAAGUACAAGCAUGGCUUCAUCCGCGACCCGCUGGUGAUGGGCCCGGAGAACACGGUUGCCGACGUGCUGGAGGCGAAGCGAAAGAACGGGUUCACCGGCUACCCGAUCACGGAGAAUGGGAAGCUGGGCACCCGGCUGGUGGGUAUCGUGACAUCGCGCGACAUCGACUUCCGCGAGCACGACGUCGACAUCAAGCUGAAAGACAUUAUGACCAAGCUGGAAGACAUGAUUACGGCACCGAACGGGGUGACGCUGCAGGAGGCCAACCACAUCCUGGAGAAGAGCAAAAAGGGUAAGCUGCCGAUCGUGAACAAAAAUGGCGAGCUGAUUGCGCUGAUUGCGCGCACCGAUUUGAAGAAGGCACGAAGCUACCCGAACGCAUCGAAGGACAGCAACAAGCAACUGCUGGUGGGGGCCGCCAUCGGUACACGGGACGAGGACAAGGAACGGCUGGAGCUGCUGUUCCAGAACGGUGUCGACGUGAUCGUACUAGACUCGUCGCAGGGCAACUCCAUCUACCAGAUCGAGAUGAUCAAGUACAUCAAGGAGAAGUACCCGACGCUGCAGGUGAUCGCCGGCAAUGUGGUGACCCGCCAGCAAGCCCUCAAUCUCAUUUCGGCGGGCUGUGACGCGCUGCGCGUCGGUAUGGGCUCGGGCUCGAUCUGCAUCACGCAAGAGGUGAUGGCGUGCGGGUGUCCACAGGCCACGGCCGUCUAUCAGGUGAGCAAUCUGGCCAAACAGUACGGUGUGCCGGUGAUUGCGGACGGUGGAAUUCAGUCGAUCGGGCACAUUGUGAAGGCGCUCUCGCUCGGUGCGUCGGCCGUCAUGAUGGGAUCGCUGCUGGCCGGCACAUCCGAGGCACCCGGCGAGUACUACUUCAGCGAUGGCGUGCGACUGAAGAAGUACCGCGGCAUGGGUAGCCUGGAGGCGAUGGAGCGCAAGGAUGGCAAGGGUGCGGCCAGCUCGCGGUACUAUCACACCGAGAUCGAGAAGCUGCGGGUGGCGCAGGGCGUUAGUGGCAGCAUCGUGGACAAGGGCUCGAUCCUGCGCUUCGUACCGUAUCUGCUCUGUGGAUUGCAGCACAGCUGCCAGGACAUUGGCACUCGCUCGGUCGCCAAUCUAAGGAAAAUGAUCUACAAUGGAGAGUUACGCUUCAUGAAGCGCACCCACUCGGCACAGCUGGAAGGCAACGUGCACGGCCUCUUCUCGUACGAGAAACGCCUGUUCUGAGACCAACCAAACGGCGCCACCAAGGAGCAUUCGUGAGAAGAUAGGUGUUGACCCCCGGGUGUGGACAUGCAUUUCUUCUCGAUUUGACUGGUGCAUACAACAUCGGGAUUUUCGCUCUCGCGAUAGGGUCGUUGCUAGGCGGCGACAACACAAUUGGUACACAGAGGAAUAGGAGGAAAGAAGGCAAGCAUAAUCGGUCACGGGCCCCGUGUCACUAGAACGUACUUUUAUAGUUGUACAAAUGGCGCGAUAAGACUAACACAAUUUACGUACGAACUCAAAAUCCACGACGCGUGAGAUACGAAAACAUAACGGAAACUUUUACUUAAAUUCGUGUCAUUGACCCCCAGUGGCUCGCUAAGCCGUGCUUAUUAGGUACUCUAAGAAGAAUCGUCUAAAAAUUUAUGUAUUUAUAAGUGCAAAACAAAUGGUGGAAAUUAUUGUUGAAACGAGACUAGGAAAAAGCAAACAGCCGAUUAAAAACGUUCCUGUAGCAAACCUUGGAAUAGGCUUUAUUUUCAUUUGUCCACCAUUUUUCCGGAUUUUAGAGGUCUGCCUGCUCCAUGUUGGAGACAACUUUUGCCCGCUGGAAACGAUGAAAAUUCCAUUUAGUAGAUGCCUUACGAGACCCCUUCCAUAUAAGUGAUCCGCAUUUCUAAAAGUAAUACUACCAGGAACAACCUUUCUUGCUCCCCAUCGAUAUACUGUGAUUGUUUGACAAUGUUUUCAAAAGGAUCCUUUUAGCAAGCAAAACUCCCCGACGGGCAAACUUUCCGGCCGGUUUUUGCUAUGAUUAUAUACUUUAACUCCAGGGCCUUCAAGGCAUAUAAUGACUGUAUAAGUGUUGAUUUCUCAAUAUCAUUCAAACUCGUUUUUCGCAUAGCAAAUGCAUGUUGCUCCAGACCUUGUGCGGACUACAGAUGUUUUUUUUUUGUUAUGUGAUGUAAACCACAUUGGUGACAUUUUGUUUCUGCACUAAAAAGUUCUACGUGCAUUUGUGUCUAAUGUUAGUAGAAAGUGUUGGCAUGGAAUGAAUGAUAAUAAAACUGAAAUAAA